GAAACUAUGUAAAUAGAUAGAUUAAAAAACUAUGUAAAUAGAUUAAAAAAAAAACAUAUCGUCUCAUCUAUUUUACAAGUAAGUAAAUAAUUACCAAUUUUGACAAAAAAAAAAAAAAAAGAGAAAAAAACAUAACUCCACAAGACCACAACCUGGGUCCCCCACCUCAUAGAAGUAUGUCUUUAUCUACACUUUUUGUCCUUUGUUUCCUCUCUCUCUCUCUCUCUCCCCCACUCCUCUCUCUCCCCUUCUUCUUCUUCUUCUUCCCCUGUUCCUUCCUUCUCAUGUCUUCCUCCUCCUCCUCUUCCAACAACGGUGACCCCGGCUCCGGUGAUACCCGCGGCGUUUUCGACGCCCCUUCCCCUUCUCGCCCUCGCCGUGGCGCCAACGACGUAUGGCCGGAACCUUUUCUUGAAUCCCUAGCCGUUCAAGUCGCCGUCGACGCUUCCUCUUCCUCUGGUCUCCUCUCCGCAGCUCCAGCUCUCGCCAACGUGUUUCGGGUUUGCACUACGUGGCAAGCUGUUUCUCGUUCCGACCAUCUAUGGCAACUACUCUGUCGUCAAGUUUGGGCUAGAACACAUCUGAUGCACGACACGUGGCGGGAUGAGUUCAUUUACCGUCAUCGGACGGCUAGAAACUUCCGGACGCGUACUCAUACUUACUUCACGCUUCAGUUUGAUCCGUCUGAUGUGGACGAGCCAGACAGUCUCUUAUGCCGUUGUCUCACUCUCUCCGACCUUUACUUAGCCGCGGGGUUCGCCGACGGAACUGUCCGGCUCUUUCUCUUGAACAACCGUCUCCACGUAAGGACACUACGGCCGCCUCUACGUGACCGGUUCGGGAGAUUCUCACGAGCCGUCUCAGGCAUUGUUAUAUCAAACUCGAGACUCACGUUCGCUACAAUGGAUGGAGAUAUCCACGUGGCGGAAAUAGACGGUGUUGGUCACACACGCACGGCUUACGCUGGAGAUAUAGUAAACGACGGUGCAUUAGUUGAUUUCGCCGGCUGUGGACGUUGGUGGGUCGGUCUUUUCGCCGGUGUACCUGGUCGUGCCUUUCACAUAUGGGACUGUAACAGCGAAGAGACAACGUUCGUUGGAGGCUCCCUCACCGACCCUGAAGCCGUCAUGGGAUGGCACACGUUAACAGAGCUGACAACAUCACUUGGCCGUAUAAGAAUCUCCGGUAACGAAACCGCGGUAGCAUGCACGAGGUGGAGAACGAUGGUGAUAGAUCUAAGAAACCAAGGAGUGAUCAUAGGAGAAGACGAAGAGCAACGUAGAGGACUAACAGUGACAGGGUUCGACGCAAACGAACAAGUGUACGUUAGAAUGGACAGUAGAGGAAACGCUAACGUGCGCAGGGUGAACACACAAGAAACGGUGUGCGAGUUUCGUGUAAGUGGAGCGGCGCAGAGAAGAGUAAUGGGGUGUGUGAAUAGACUAAACGCACUAAUGUGCGCAGGAGGUGUAAUGCGCGUGUGGGAGGUAGAGAGAGGAGAGUAUCUGUAUAGUGUUAGGGAGAGAGUAGGAGAAGUUGAAGCCAUUGUUGCAGAUGAAAGACAUGUGGCGGUUGCUUCAUCUUCAUCAACGGCUCAGAGUGUUAUACAUCUUUGGGAUUUCGGUGCACUGUAGCGUACCAGAUGAUUUUUAUAAAUAACUUGGGGAAAAAGAUUUUUAAUUAGAAAAAGCGAAACCCUAAACCUAGGUGUAUAUGUAGGGUUUCUGAAUUUAUAUUAAAUUGGGAAAGUGACGGAGGGAGAGAGGUGAAGAUUGUGACAGGAGGGAGAGAGAUUGAUUCCUUCUUCUUACAGAGUUUGACCAUAAAAAAAAGUAUGUUACUGUUUUUGUCUAAAACCAAACAAAGUGGAC